GCGUGGAGUCAGCAUCAGCAUCCCUCCGCUGAACGCAGAUCCCCGGAAGGAUGCUGGCGCAAAGAGGAAGCGUGGCCGGAUUUUACUGUGUCGGUGCCGUAUCCGAUUAGAAACAGUGUUAAAGAGUAGCCCUGCCUUAUAUCAUUAUUAUUUUUGUUGCUCGAACCAUUGCGUCGAUAGCUGCCAUGUUCCCAUCGUGUUGCACCAAACCGGCGGCGGACGGCGGCGCGAAGAGGAGCUCCGUCGCCAAGCUGCUGCUCGGCGUGUUUGUGGUGUACAUGCUCCACACCGCCUGGCUGCUGUACGGCUUCGUCAACACCAAGCCCUGCGACGGAGACAGAGGAGAGGACUGCAUCACCUCCUACCUGGAGGCAAGACCCAGACUACAGCUGAGUGUCUUUACCUGCGUCAUGCCAGAAAACAGCCAACUCAACCCUGCUGUAAAAAUAGACCCAUUCGACCCACAUUCUGCAUUUGAAAGGCAGGUGAAUGUCUCUCUGCCAGAGGAGACUCGGGCUAACGGCACUCUGCACGCAGUCGUUUAUGUUCACAGGGCCGGUGUUUCACCUCUGGAGGACAGCAGAGAAGUCCACUACGCCGCUCAGCUCACCACCUACAUCACGCCCACACACACGGAGGGGAAAAAAAGAGACCCACAGAAGAGGUCCAGCCCCAGAUCAGAGAAUCCUGUGUCCCAUUGGAGACCUCACCUGUCGGUCACUAUGAUGUCCGAGGAGUUCACCUUCAACAAGGCGGGGCUUCCCAGUGACGUGCGGCGAUACAUGAGAGUGUCUCAGGACGGCCGGCAGAUGAUCUACCUCCCUUUGCUGCUGGUUAACGAACUCAGCGUCAGAGUCAGAGACCUCGUGGAGAUCAGCAGCAGCACUGUUCACCUCCCUCUGACUGUGUCCUAUGAGGGAAUCUCUUUAAGGGGAUUCAGGUUUUGGGUCCAUCUACAGGAUGUGGUUUAUUCCCUACGGCAGUUUGGAUUCACUGAGGAAAAUAUUGACGAAAUAAAAGAAACUCUGGUGGGAUCCAACCUCUACCUGUUAGUGCUGACCGCACUCAUCACAGCUCUGCAACUCAUCUGUGAAUUCUUGGCUCUUAAAAAUGACAUCAGCUCAUGGAGAAAAAAGAAGAGCAUGGUGGGAAUGUCCAGGAAGUCAGUUCUGUGGCGUAGUCUCAGCACUUUGCUGAUUUUCCUCCAUCUGCUGGAGGAGACCAGUCUGCUGGUGCUGCUCCCCGUCGGACUGGGGGCAUGUGUGGAGGUCUGGAAGGUUUUCAAAGUGCUUAAGAUCCAGUUGCAGUGGAAAAGCUCCGACCUCCACGUAACUAAGAUGGAUGAAGAAGAGAGAAAGACGGUGGAGUACGACACACAGGCGUCCAGAUACUUGUCAUACUUGGUCUAUCCUUUGUGCAUCAGUGGAGCUAUUUUCUCACUGGCCUACUUACGGCAAAAGAGUUACUAUUCCUGGUUGAUCAACAGCCUGGUGACUGGAGUGUACGCCCUUGGCUUCCUGUCCAUGGCCCCGCAGCUCUUCAUUAACCACAAGUUGAAGUCUGUGAGCCACCUGCAGGGGACAGUGUUGAUGUACAGAGGAGUGAACACGCUGAUAUCGGAUAUCUGCUCCUGUGCCUCCCUUUUCUCCUCCUCCGGAUCCUUCUCCUCCUCUCAUCAACUUUCCUGCUUCAGAGACGAGCUGCUCUUCCUCCUCUACCUCUACCAGCGAAGUCGUUACGCCUCCAAGGCCAGAAGACGAGACUCCGGGAGCCACAGCAAGAAAUUAAAGACUCAGUGAGGAGGAGACAAAUUCAUUCUUGUCAGAAGUCCCUCCCACAUCCGGAAGUUGUAUUGACAUGAAGGUAGAGGCUGAGCUGAUCGAUUGUGUUGCAGGAGCAGUAAAGUAUAAUUUCUUUUUUGUACUUUGUCACUCUUGAUGUUCACCAACACGUGUUACGUACUGAGUUAGUGUUUUUCCUCUGUCGUUGUACUGUAAAAUGAUUUUUAAAAUACUGACUUUGCAAUGUCAACGUGAAGUAUAAAGAGAGACGACUGCGCCCGACAAUUUCCUUAUGGUAUUAUGUACAAUGCAGUCUGACUUUUAACACACAAUAUAGUCGCUUAACUGAA